UCAGCCCUGUGUGGCAUCAGCCUAAGAUUUUAUUUACUUUAUUAUUCAAUCAGCUGAAUAUACAAUUUGCCUAUUGCUGUAAUCAGGAAAAAUCUACUGAAUGGGGGCAAUUUCCGGUGUUGCUUUAGUAGAAAACCACUAGAAAUAACAAAGUGUGCCUCCACUAAGCUACAGUGUUGUCACCAAAAUAACAAACCCCAGAGUGUGGGGUUAGCUGAGCCACACUACAAUAAGUUACCAUGGUUAUUACAUCAGGGGUUUGGCUGUAAAUGGAGGCUUCACUUUUAGUGAAGUUAUCAGAUCAGGAUUUACCAUCAGACAAAAAAGACAAAUUCUCUUUUAGUGCAGCACAUCACAGGAAAUUGAACACGUGCGCAGGAGUAGGACGUGGUGAAUGCUGAGUUAAGUUUGUCUAUGAAGUUGAGCUGGCACAGAAUUUUAUUAGAGCAAUUACACCAGGCCUGGACUGAGCUUUCAAAAAAGCCCUGGCACAUCGAGUACACAGAAGCCACACAGGCCCAAUAAAAAGCCACUGUCUAUGGCAUUCUAUAGCAACCCCUCUGGCAUUUGCCAAACUCUACAGAUUACCAAUAUGGGCCGGAUCACAUUAUUAAACAGCGUUUCCCUUCUCCUCUUGUCUCUCUCAGCCAGAAACCCUCAGUAACACGCAGAGCAGAGGGAUUUGUUCAGUGUAGCUGCUCCAGACCCCCCUUCCCCCACCACACUGGCCCUCCCUCUGGCAUUGAAGUCGGCUCCGGGGCUGCCUGCAGUCAUUCAGUAAUAAGCAGAGCAGAGGGAUGUUUUACCGACCACCAUCACGCGGUCUCCGUACCCCAACGGGUUAGUCUGCCUUCCAGACAUGCAGACAUACAGUCAUACAGUGCCUGAUUUCUGGUAUCGGCAAGCCUCUAAGCUGAGCGCCUACCCACUGGGCCCCUAUGGAUUUACAGUGGCCAUAGAGCCUAGGCGCUUGUGCAAGUCGGAAUAACGGAUCCUCCAGAGCCUGCCCGCUUGGUUAUUGGACAGUCAGAAAUGUGAUAGCAGGGCCAGCCUUCAACUGAAUUUCCUCAGAAACAAGAAGUCAACAAUGAAAUCUUCCAUAGAAGUUAUCAUUGAAGAACAACCAAAAUGAAGAUCAAUCAAAGAUGGAAAGCAAUAGCUUUUUUCGUCAUUGUAAUGGUCUGUUUUGGAAUGUGCUGGUUCCUACGUGUGGAAUAUUAUAUACAAAGGUCAUAUCCAAAUGUCCAUGAGAUGUGUAUUCCUGGUGAUGUAGCAUCCAAGGCAGAGAUCCUGAUUAGCAAUUACUCAAGGGAUCAUCCUGUCUUCCUACAACUGAGUGAUUAUUUUUGGGUUAAAAACCAAUCUAAAUACCGUCUGCCAUAUGGCACAUAUGGAAGUGAGGAGCUGCUAAUUAAAUUUCUCGCUCUCACAAAUCGCUACCAUGUACCAGAGGAUAUCAAACGGCUGCGAUGCCGGAGGUGUGUGGUUGUUGGCAAUGGGCACCAACUAAAAAACAGUUCAUUGGGAGAAACCAUUAAUAAAUAUGAUGUUGUGAUCAGGAUAAACAAUGCUCCAGUUCAUAAAUAUGAAAAAGAUGUAGGCAGUAAGACAACCAUGCGCCUUUUCUACCCAGAGUCUGCUGAUUUUGAUCCUCAGUUGGAUAACAACCCAGACACUCUGUUGGUGUUGGUACCAUUCAAACCUCUGGACAUCCAGUGGAUGAAGAUAAUCUUAAACAAUGAGAAAAGGGUUCGUAAAGGUUUUUGGAAAAUGCCUCCUAUUAUUUGGGAGGUAGAACCUGAAAACAUCCGCAUCUUAAACCCAUAUUACAUGUCCGUUACUGCUACACAGAUUCUUAAAUCUAAAAAAAUGAUACCGAAACCCACAACAGGAUUGCUAGCUAUCACUUUUGCUCUGCACUUCUGUGACAUGGUUCACAUAGCAGGUUUUGGGUACCCUGCACUCACCAAUAAAAAGCAACCCAUCCACUACUAUGAGAAGGUGACCUUGAAGUCCAUGUCUGCGUCUGAGCAUAACAUCACUGUGGAAGCUCAAGCAAUAAAAAAUCUUCUUCAGCAAAAUAUUAUUCACAAUUUGACUUACUUUUGAAUGUUACUCCUCUCCCGCUUUGGAACUUUGGAGAAUGUAAACUUAUGGCAAUACCUACCAGAUACACAAGGUAGAUUCUGUAAUGCCAUGGAGUAUAAGAAGACAUAUGGAAUGUCUCCAGUGGAAUAAUGACUGUGGACUGAAUAAAGACAAAGUACAUUAGAUAGAAAGCAGAGGGUUUUCUAGACACUUUUUUUGGACUUGUUUUUUUUUUGUUUUUUUUAAAUCAAAGGACAUUUUGUAAAGAAAAAAGAAAAGAAAUGCAAUCAACAGUUUAAUAUUUAUUUGGAAAAUGUAUGCACUGGUAUUGUCAAUACCAACAAUUUAUGAAGAGGACUUGUCUAGGACUGAAGAUCAACACAUAUGGAACAUUUAAGUACUUAUUAACAAUCCAAUUCCAAGUUUAUUGCACAUUCAUUAUUUAAUUUUUUUAAUCAUUAUUAUAGAAGAUUGAAUGGUUGGCUUUUGUAUGGGCUGUACAAAGCCAGACUGAGGAUUCUGGGAUUUUUUAAAAAAAAUUAAGAAACAAAAUAACUUUAAAGAGUAUUCGAUUAGGGGCGGGCCUCCUUUUUUAAUGUGCCAUUUCCUUCCAUGUAUGAUGUUGUAAAAUCCCUGAAAAGAUCAUCUAGAUUGAAAAUAGAAUGGGUGGUAAAUAACGCUUAUAUAAAAAUAGCAGAUGUGUUAUCAGGGUGCCAUAACCAUAUUAUGCUGCUUGCUUUUAGAGAGUUUUUGUUAUGUCUCAUUAAGCAGCAUUGGAAUACUGUGAGUCCAUACUGUGUCCCGUAUUAUUUCAAGACGAAAUUUACUUGAAAAUCUUAUACACUGGGGCAUUUAUAUCAAAGUGUUAAAAACAGAGCUCCCUAGAGUCCCACAGAGUCCAUUUUACCAGAGCUUUUUGGUUGCUUGUGGUUGUUUUUUGCUUUUGGAAUAAUGCUUAGAUAAUUGUUCUUCUGAUUUUACUAGUUUUAUCCAAGUGGCAAAGGUGAUUUAUGGAAGUUCAAAUCUUGUCUAUUAGAAACUAGGAGAUAUAAAAUGUUAUAUACUUAUUUAUUAUUUUAAAACUAAAUAGCACAUUCUAAAACAUUGCUUUUUAAAUGCCUUUCUCUAAGCAAAGUAUUGAGCUGCUGCCACCUUAUUUGAUGUGUCUUUUUAAUUAAUUUUCCCUCUUUAUUCCAUUGUUACUGACCACUAUAGUCUGCUGAGUAGGUCAGAUACCUGGAUCCCUACCACUUGUCAAUGAUCAAUCUUGUCUUUUUAAUAAUGAAGGAAUUACCAGGAGAGGAUUUUACAGUUGGGUAUAAAUUAGAGCAGGAACAACUGUGCAGUUUAGCAGGGGAAGCCUUGGGUGCUGGUUCACUUUUUUGGGACAGAUACAAAAAGCAUGGAUAAAAAAAAGAAAAGUACACAGGGCUUUUGAGCAUUUUGGACUAUAUACCAGGCCUAUGCAAGUAAAUACUGCCCCUAUUGAUUUCUAUAUUCAUCUCAUUCAGCACCACAGCCUGAAGUUCUGUAUUUGAGGCAUAUUUAUUAAAGAAUGCAACAAGCGUUCACCACAGUUUGCCAGAAAGAAUAUUCGCCAGUCUCUUAUAAAUAUAUAUAAUUAUAUAGGAUUUUUAGGGGCAUAUGUAUAGCAAGAUGAAAGAAACAGAUGUUAACUCAGAUAAGUGGUGAAAUGUUUUCAAGAAUACUCAAUAAGUUCAAUUGCUUUAGAUACAUUACUUAGAUCACUACUAGAUACUGUAUGAACUGGAUUUAUUUUUACUGGUACAGCUUGAGGAUCAAGAACAGUGAAUUAAGGCUAAAACAUUCUCACACCAAAAUGAAUGAAUGUAUUGAUAUACUAAUCUGUAAGUGAUCAAGAGGUUAUGGGCACAUUAUUUCUGAGCACCUUUGAUAAUGAAAAGAGUAACUAGAGUGAAACAGACUGUAUCUUUUCUUCAUCCAAGCUGUUUUAUAUUUUUAAAAUGUAAUAAAAUGACGUUUUACCAACAUGAUAUUUUUUAUAAGAUCACUGCUUCUUUAAAUAAAUUGUGGGCAUCUUUUUUUUAUAUCUGUAUUCUUCUAACAUACCUCCUCAAACAACUGAAAAUAAAAUGUGCUAACAA